AUGGAGUGGCCCUGGGGGGGGCUCAAGGUGCUGGAGCGGCUCCUGCUGCGGCUGCAGCCAGUGGCUGGUGGCCAGCCAGGGCGCGGGACCCUGCUGGUGGCCCUGUCGGCGGAGGGGGACGCGGGGGACGCCGGCGCGGCCCGCUGCACGGCCACCGUCGCCGCGGCCGGAGAGAUCUGCUCCGAAAUCCGCUCUGAGGGCGUUUGGAGUGGUGCAAAUGAGGUCCUGGCCCAGUUUGGUGCCCGGAGUGCCGCCCCACAAGCUGUGGCCCCGUGCUGCCGGCAGAUCCUGCAUCGUGCUCCGCUGCAGCUGGCCUUCGAGGUGCUGUCGAGCCGCUCUGCAUCUGCGCAGCUCAGCCCACGGCCCGGGACGCUGCGAGCCGGCUGCGUGGCUCUGCGGCGUUUCAUCCACGGCACCAGCGUGGUGCACCCAGAGCUCGUCUUCCACUACUGCUUUCGCAUGGACGGUGCUGUGUCCUCGCACGCCUAUGGCCCUGCCAGGCGGGAGAACGUCUGCGAGCUGGGGGGAGCGCGGCUGCUGGCCCGCAGCGAGCACUUCGCACGGCCGGAGAGCGCCGGGGACGUCCCGCUCUGCAGCAAAAUCCACCCAGUGCCAGGAGCCCCUAUUGGCCUGCGGAUCCCACCGGCUGCAGCGGCCGCCGGCGUUAGCGGGGAGCUGAGCGUGCUGCCAGCUGCCGCGCUCUGCCCCUGCCUCAAGCAGUAUCCCAACUUGCCGUCUCGCCUCACCGCUGUCGCCAUAUCCUGCUGCCGCCGGCCCCGGGGAAGCCGGCAGGCUGCGAGGAAGCCGGCUCUUCCGAGCUGGUGCUGGGACCAGGAGGUGCCGUUGCUUGCCUUAACCAGUGGCACUUGUUCUGCUACGACCCGGCUGGGCUGCCGAUGGCGCCGAGCUGCUCCCAGCUCUUCCGUGACCCAUCGUGGCUGGCGGACUGGGGCAGACUUGGUGUUGCCCGCCUCCACCUUCGUGCUGCAGCCCGACCUGGCGCCCGCUGGCCCCCAGCAGACUCUGCUGCUCUUCCUCUUCCUCCGCCGCGCAGACCCUUUCCAGGCCUACGACGCCUGGGCCCGGCGCCUGCUGGCGUCGCACCUGGAGCCGACGCUGCAGUGCAGCCGGGAGGCCCUGCAGCGCGGCGUGCGGGCCCUGCUGCACCCGGCGCUGGAGGAGCUCGGCCGCCGGGCACAGCAGCAGGCGUGCCUGGCCCGCUGCCUGCCUGUGGCGCUGCGGGCGCUGAGCAGCGUCAUGGCCAGCAGCACCAGCGCCCGCUUCCGCCGCCGCUGCCUGCGGACCCUGCAGGCCGCGGACACCCUGGCGCUGGCCGCCGCCGCCCGGCAGAGGCUGCUGGACGUCACCCGCUGGCGCCGGCUCCCUGCCGGCUCCUGUGACGCCGCCGGGCCCCGGGAGGCCGAGGAGGAGCGGCCCGGUGGCCCGGCAAACCACGAGGACACGGAGACGGGGUCUCCGCCAGAUGCGGUCCCGGAGCGGGACGGGCCCAGCAGUGACCCCCCGGAUGCCUGGGCCUCCCAGACGCCUGGGCCCCCACAGUGCCUGGACGCUGCUGUCGCCGGGCCACCGGCUGAGGGGGCCGCGUGGCUGCGCGAGGUGGCCAAGCUGGCCGAGUGGACGGGCUGA